ACGUGAUUCUGCAUGAUACUGCAUUUGCACAUACACAUAUGGACUCUUAUUGAGAUAUAGUUUGGUUGUCUGAAUAGAUUUCAAUCGCAUUGGACCCGGUUUCGGAGGCCGAUUCCGAAUUUUGAAAAAUAAAAAAGGAAAUUGACAAGCACCAAGCCAGAUGUAAGCGCAGACGGAGAGAGAGGGAGAGAGGGUGGGAGCGUGAACUGAGACCAGUUGCAUCAUCUCUCAUCGUCUCGUUAACCAAUGUUCGCUACGAUUAAAUUCCAGGCUUUGGAUCCUGCAAAAGCACCACCAAAUUCUACUUUCCUCUUGCGUCGAAGCAUCAUCCACAACACUCUCCGCCGUCCACCUCCGUCGCAUCUCCGCCUCCCUGUGCUACGCGUCUCCUCCAUUUCUCUCCAGUCUGAAGAUGCGGCUGCUGCUGCUGCUACAACUGUCUCCUCAUCUUAUCCUCUCACUUCUUCAGUCGCUUCUCCGCUUUCGCUCCAUCUCACCGACUGGAACCUCACCCAUCGGCACAUCUUCAUCUUAAAUGUCAUCGCUUGCGUGGUGGCUGUUUCUACAUCUUGGCUCUUUUUCUCUGCAAUCCCGACUCUUCUGGCUUUCAAGAGAGCUGCUGAGUCAUUAGAGAAGCUAUUCGAUGUCACGAGGGAGGAGCUCCCCGAUACUAUGGAUGCCGUCCGGUUAUCCGGCAUGGAAAUCAGUGACCUUACCAUGGAACUCAGUGAUCUCGGCCAGGAGAUAACUCAAGGUGUUAAAAGCUCCACUCGAGCUGUUCGCUUGGCUGAGGACAGAUUGCGUCGCAUGACGACCAUGGGUCCAACAGGAGCAGACCAAUCAAAGAACCCAGAGGAUGGAACCAGUAUUAGCUAGCACUGCCAGAGGCCUUCGGGAGGGUAUAGUGCAGGGGCGUUCUCUCUUCCAAAUUAUUCUUAGCAUAAGUCGAUUCUCUAGGUUGGCUCUUAACUAUUUUGGUGCCCGAGAACAGAAGCGGUGACUGGAGAUGCUAUGGAUUAUUCUGUCAUGCUUCAUGGUGAGCGGAAACAAAUCUCUUUUGUGCAUAUAUAAUAUAUUUCUGUAUGUAUUUUGAUUUCAAGUUGAGUUCAUUGUUUAUUUGCUAUAGUCCAUUAUGUGCUGCAUUGGGUAAUACCAGGGACCCAAUAAUAUUGGGAUGAGUGGGGACAAGAGAAUUGCUUCCUUCAUUCUUUUUUAUUUUUGGAUCACUGAUGUUGUUGAGUAAAUAUUUAUCAUUAGAUUUUCCUUUUAAGUUAA